GGAGGGUGGAACCUGUUCUGUGUACUCUGUGUGCACAGGAAGAGGAAGCAUAAAGGAACUGUGCGUUCCAUUUCUUUCUGUCCUGUGUUCCACUUUACUUUGCUGCACAGUGUGAGAGCACACUGCAUUCCUGCACCCAGAGACCAGCCAGAGGGACUAUCCUGCCAGUCAGCCACAGGGGCCAGCGUGUUGAAGAGGGACUAUCCUGCCAGUCAGCCACAGGGACCAGCCUGUUGCAGAGGGGCCAUACAACCGGUCUCUUAGAGGAUGGUGGGAUAUGACCCCGGCUCGGAGGGGUGCCGGCUCUCUGUUACUGAAGUAGCUACUGCUGGGUCUCUAUCUGGACUGGUCACAAGAGCCUCUAUUAGCCCUCUGGAUGUCAUUAAAAUUCGAUUUCAGCUGCAGAUUGAGGGUAUGACAGUACAUGGUCUUCAGGGGAAGUACAGAGGUAUCCUGCAGGCAGCAAGACUGAUCCUGGAAGAGGAAGGCUUGCAUGGAUUCUGGAAGGGACACAUCCCAGCCCAGCUUCUGUCUGUUUCUUAUGGGGCGGUACAGUUUGUGAGCUUCGAGCUAUUAACGGAAGUUUUUCACACUUCCACCGCUCUUGACAUUCGUGCCCCUGCAGUGCACUUUUUGUGUGGCGGCCUGGCUGCCUGCUCAGCGACUCUAACCGUGCAGCCUCUGGAUACGCUAAGGACACGUUUUGCCGCACAGGGCGAGCCUAAGGUGUAUAAGACCUUGCACCAUGCCAUCAGCACUAUGUACAGAACAGAAGGAUUCUUCACGUUCUACCGUGGCCUCUGCCCCACCCUUCUUGCGGUAUUCCCUUAUGCCGGUCUUCAGUUCUCCUCCUACAGCUUGUUAAAGAGAAUAUGGAACUGGUCAUCAGGCCAGGACAAAAGAGAUAACAUCAAGAACUUUGUCUGUGGCAGUGGGGCUGGAGUAAUCAGUAAAACCAUCACCUAUCCACUUGACCUUUUCAAAAAAAGACUUCAAGUUGGGGGCUUUGAGCAGGCGAGAGCUGCCUUUGGACAGGUCAGGACAUACCAUGGUCUCGUGGACUGCGCAUGCUGCAUACAGAGAGAAGAAGGGUUUCGUGGGUUUUUUAAAGGACUUUCUCCGAGCCUGCUGAAAGCUGCUGUUUCAACUGGACUUACCUUCUUCUGUUAUGAGAUGUUCUGCAAUAUGUUGUUGAGCUUAAAAAAAGCCAAUAAAACUGAAUAGGAAAAUGAAUGAAGGGGGAAUGAAAGACUGUUACAGUAUCCAGGGCAGAUGGUGAUAAGAGGCUGUAGAAAGGCAGCAACAGCCUUAUCAACCCUGUGUAAGCGGUGUCUACUUUUACUACUACUACACAGCCUAUCUUUUCUAUACCUCAUCAUACACUGUACUGGUUCAAGAAGAGACAAGUUACACAUUUUUCAAAUUAGGUUAUUUAAUAAAAUUUAUAUUUUUUAUAUAUGUACAACGCCAAUCACUGCAGAUUUGGAUUUAUUUAUUUUUGUUUUCUUGUUACAUUUUAGCUUUUUAUUAUCUGCUUCAGAUUGGUGUAACAUUAGUUAGCCACUUGCUGAUUCUGUCUGUUGGGACAUACUAUGCACUUUUUAAAAAAUUUUUUAUUAACCCCUUCAGUGGUAUGCCCGGAAAUCUGCCGGGAUAGCCAGUGAUAUCAGCGCUAGCUACCCUGGAAGAUUUCCGGGCAUGCUACUGACUAAGUCCUCAGGGACAGCUGUGUAGAGUGACAUCGCCCGGGAAUCAGCAUAAGGUAUUACGGAGUUAAGCGCCCCCCGGACACCUAUUGGCCCGGGGAGCGUGCUUAUCAGUGUAAUGGCUUAUGCUGAUUCCCGGGUGCUGCUAUGCGGCCGAGAAUCAGCGCAGACGCGGGCGAUCCCUGUCUGCUCGCGCCAACUGCUCACCACCCCACUUGCACUUGCUAACCCCUCUCCCCCCUUGCACUUAACCCCUGCAUCCCAGGAAUAAAAUACACACCAUGCUAGGUGUGUAAUUUUUUUUUUUUUUUUACUAAAAACCCACUGUUUUAGUUUUUUUUUUUUUUUGUAUCAGCACUGAUGCUGGAGAUGCCCGCAGGUGUUUCCCUGCGGGCAAUCGCCACCCUGCACCCCUCCACCCCGUACUUCAGCCCCUGUACUCCCACAAUGUAAAAAACUCACCAUGGGAGGUGUGUCCUUUCUUGUAAAACCUGCCACUGAAGGUGUUAAAUGUAAACCAUAUACCAUUGCUAAAAACAAAUGUAACCAUUGGUAGACAAACCAAAAUAUAAAGUAAUAGCUGUUUUUAUAAGUAUAUUUCCUAUGCCAUUGCUGCAGAAAUUAUGAAAUAUAAAAAAAAUUAUAUAAAAAAAAUUAUAAAAAUUAUAUUAAAUAUAAAAAAAGCCAGCAUCUGGCAUUUUAUAGAGAUACAAGGACACAUGGACUGGUGUGCAGUUUUAUCACUUACUGAUUUUCUGCUUUUAAUCAUCUUUCACAUUGGAUUGUGCAGUUUAUUUUUUCAAGCAGAUAACCAGUUUCAUUAUAUGUUACUGAAUGGAAAACCACACACGUGUCAAUGUACAGUGCAGUUGUAACGUACUUUAUCAUUAACUAAGCACAAUCAGCUUAUGGUCAUGAGCCCUAAAAUGGCUUUGUAAGGUUACUUCAUGAAUUAAUAAAGUACUUCUAGUCUGAAUCUAAGACCCUGCACUUAGGGGGUAAUUCCAAGUUGAUUGCAGCAGGAAUUCUGUUAGCAACUGGGCAAAACCAUGUGCACUGCAGGGGAGGCAGAUAUAACAUGUGCAGAGAGAGUUAGAUUUGGGUGUGGUGUGUUCAAUCUGCAAUCUAAUUUGCAGUGUAAAAAUAAAGCAGACAGUAUUUACCCUGCACAGAAAUAAAAUAACCCACCCAAAUCUAACUCUCUCUGCGCAUGUUAUAUCUGCCUCACCUGCAGUGCACAUGGUUUUUCCCAACUGCUAAAAAAUUUCCUGGUGCGAUCAACUUGGAAUUACCCUUUUAGUUCUAGGACUACAGGGAAAAGGUCCAAGCAUCUAAGAACAAGAUGUUCAGGCCAAUCUAGAGAGCACACAUUCCAAAUAGGUGAAAAGACCGCAACAGCUGUUAUCCUCAAGGUGACUUAAUAUUACUUUUGUACCAUUAUUAGGUUGUUCAUCCAAAUGCAUAAGCAACUGGUUGUGUUUUUUCUUAAUAUUCUUUUUUAAGUACAGGUGUCAUCCAACUGUCAUGGUUGAGUAAAUGAAAACGUGGUCUUUCAUUUGGCUGAAUAGUAUCGGAUUUUUUUCAUAUCAGGCGGUGCUGUCUUUAGCUGGUUAUAAGUGUUUCUGGACACAGUUGUUGACAUUUGCUGGCUUCAGAUUGCCCUUAAGAGUUAUUGUGAUGUAACAACAAGGAUUACCGCUAACGAUCUCCUUGCAUAUGACAUUCAUUUAUGAAGAGCAGAUGCUCUAGCUUGAACUGUGACAGCAGGAGAAUAAUAAUUUGGCUGUAACGUUAGACCUCUGCAACACUACAAAUCUUGAAUUUUUUUUUUUUGAAUAAUACUAUAAAAGUACUUUCCUUUGGGGCUACGUGCAGCCAGUCAUAAGAGGACAAAUAACAUAGCUGCUAUUAAACACAGCCUUGUGUAAUGUGUAUUUGUAAACUUAGUACUGUAUGUGCCAAUUUUUUCUGAAGCGCUAUUUUUAAAAUGGGUCUCGUAUUCAUAGAUAGAAGUUAUCUAUCUUGUGUCUGUUUAAAAAUUUUAUUAAUU